AGGAUGACGGGGGAGUUCCGUAGCCAUGUUGGCUCAACUUUGGAUCAAGAAGCGUGCUGUGGGCGUUCAAGAGGCAAGGGGAAGUGUGCUGUUGAAUCAAACGUGGUAUGAUGCAUAUUGCAUGGUGACGCUUGUGCGUUGCAUUGCAAGAUAUGCUCUCUUCUGGAGGCAUCACGGUGCUGGUUGUGUUUCUAAUCCGCCCUUGUAGCUCGCAAGGGGGAACUUGCCAUGCAAACUGCGGCACAGGAUCGUGGCCAUCUUUGAGCACCGAUUGGAGUAUUGAGUGCGGCGCCAACCCCUACUGCAUGUUUGGUUGCCCUGAGUGCUUUACUACGACCAGUGAGACUUCUAGCACGACCUGGUCCUCCGCCACUGUGACAGCAACCACAACCAGCGAGAGUUCCAGCACGACGCGGUCUACGACCUCUGGGAGUUCAACAACGGUGACCUCAACCACAGUGAGUACAACCUCGGAGAGUUCCAGCACAACGGUGUCUUUAACCACUGGGACCUCGGCCACGGUGAGUACAACCUCCGAGAGUUCCAGGACGACCCAGUCCACAACCUCUGUGAGUUCAACCACAGGGACCGUGACCACAGAGAGUGCAACCACAGGGACUGUGACCACAGUGAGUACAAGCUCAGAGAGUUCCGGCACAACGGUUUCCAUAACCACUGGGACUUCGGCCACGGGGAGUACAACCUCCGAGAGUUCCAGGACGACUCAGUCCACAACUGUGUCUUUAACAACGUCGAGUCCAACCUCUUCGAGCACGGUCAGCGAGAGUACGAGCACGACGGUGUCCUCAACCAUAUCGACCACAGGCAGCCAGAGUUCCAGCACAACGGUGUCUUUAACCACGUCGAGUCCAACCUCUUCGAGCACAGUCAGCGAGAGUACCAGCACAACUGCGUCUUCAACCACAUUGACAACAGGCAGCCAGAGUUCCAGCACCACCAUGUCCUCGACAACGUCGAGUACAAUCUCGUCGAGUACAACCAGCGAGAGUACCAGCACAACUGCGUCUUCAACCACAUUGACAACAGGCAGCCAGAGUUCCAUACCAGCACGACUGCGUCUUCAACCACAUUGACAACAGGCAGCCAGAGUUCCAGCACCACCAUGUCCUCGACAACGUCGAGUACAAUCUCGUCGAGUACAACCAGCGAGAGUUCAAGCAAGACGGUGUCUUCUACCACCCCGAGUCUCACCUCUUCGAGCACACGCAGCGGGAGUUCCACCACGACGGCGUCCUCUUCCAGCACGACGGCGUCUGCAACCACCAGAAGCACAACAAGCGAGAGCUCCACCACCUCCACCACCGUGCACGUGGGCCCCUGGUGGCAGCAGCGCGGCGUGCUGCUCCUGAUGCUGCUGUCGGUGGCCGUCGCCGUGAUGGUGACCUUCGCUGGGCUCUGGCAGUCGAUCCUGCGCGCCGAGUGCCCGUACAGCGACGGCACCCCCGAGCUGCGGCAUACGUGCCUCUCCGCCUGGGACGCGCACGCCGCCGGCACCCUCCCUGACCACACCCGCCUCUCCUCCGCGGCGAUCCGCGUGGCCUGCUGCCUGUCCGGCGUCGAGGUCGGCCGCGAGGAGCUCGCGGGCAGGCCGCUCGCCGAGGGCCUCGGCCUAUUGGCCACCCUGAAGUGCCUGAGCCUCCUCGUACUGGCGGACGCGGGCGUCACCGGUGUGGACCUGCAGCGCCUUGGCCGGCGCGCCGCCGAGGCCGACCCCAAGAGCGGUGCGGGGCGGAUUGGCGAGAGGCUGCGUCGCGCCCUGCGGGCGCUCGAGCGCGGGGAGCGCCUCGCCAUGGGCCUCGGCCUGGAGGCGCGGCUGUGGGACCUCUUUUACUCGUUGCACCCGGUCCUCGGGCUGUGGGUGCACUGCCUGGGCAACGGGGGGCUCUGGCUACGGCGCGCGGUGGCGAGCGCGGCUGGGCUGUUCGCGUCCCUGGCGUGCUGCGCCUUGCUGCUUCUUGCGUGGGCCGAGGGCCCGGUGAUCGCGCCCUGCAUGCUGUCCGACGCAGGCCUGUGGCAGGAGCUCGACCUCCAGACCGUGCUCGGCGACUGCGGAAUCGCCGCGCUGGGCGGGCUCGCCGUUCCAGUGGUGACCGCCGCCCUCGUGAGGGCGGGCGGUGUUUUCGCCAGCGUCGUGCUGCUCAUCGGCUCGGUGCUGGUGGUCCUUGCGUUUCUCGCGAACGUCUGCAUGGUCGACGUCGACCACUGGAUCGUGGCCCUCUUUGCGCAGCUGGCGCUCUGCUGGCCUCUGGCCCCCGCGGCGCAGGUCGCGCUCUGCCACGCCGUGUGCGCGCACGCCGCCGGGCGCCGGCCAGCGGUGCUCCUGGGAGCCCUGCGGUGUCUCCGGCUGGCCAUCGCGCCGGGCGCGGCCGAGAAACCGUCGGUGGCUCGAGAUGCCGCACAGGGCUCCACCCCAGGCGGGGUCCACAUCAGCUGGGCGAAGCCCCCGCCCGGCGGCUCUCCCAUGGAGUCUGUGCUGAGGGCCUCUGCGGGGAUCCUGCUCGAGGCGCCGCCCCGCGCGCCGGCGCUCUGCCCGUUCCAUGCCGAGGCGCCAGACCCCCCGGGUCGCUCCGCACCCUCACCCGACCUGCCGGCGAACCCGCGCCCCAGGCUGCCGCUGCCUGUGUGGGGCGCCGCGCCCGCGGGCGCGCCGGGCGGCCGGGCGUUCGAGCCCAUGCAGCAGCCGAGCGGCGCGCGUGGUGCUUAGGCUCCCGCCGCUGCCGCCGCCAGACACCGACGAGUGACCUUUUCGCCGGAGUGGCCUUUGGUGCGGGUCCACUGGGAUCCCCCUCCUCCUACUCCUUCUCUUGCUCCUCAUGUUUCUCCUCCUCCUCGUCGUCGUCCUCCUCCUCCUCCGAUCGCCGAACGCGAUGCGACAGGAGCGUCGUGCUCCGCGAUCCUCAUAUGGGCAUUUUUCUUUGUUUCCUUGUGCAGCCCUCUGUUCUCGCCAUCAAGCAGGUCGGUCCCUAGUGCCUGAGGAGAACGUUGCUCACAGUGGCUCGUGGCGGGGCACUCCACGGACCCCGGGGUUGUCAGAAGAACUGGGGGGCUCCGUUUUGCUAAGGUCCCGCUUGCUUCGUGUCCAACUGUUUUCAUUUCCUGUUGCUGUUGCUUUUUUUGUUCCCAGGAUAAGGAAAUGCUUGCCAUAGGCACAGCUGGGUGGCAUUCCUUUAAAGCUGCCUUUACUUGAGUUCUCGUCAGUGCUCCAGGUGUCGCGCGCUAUGAGGCGCCAUUCGCUUCGCCUGGUCGCAAGACACCGCAGCUAGGACGGACCUUCUGAACAGGGGAUGGUGCCUCGCUUGGUCAAAA